ACGUUCCUCUCCUUUCAGCUGAAGAGCAGUGUCGUGGUGCAGGCCUUCAUCUCCAGGAUCAGAGAGGUGAACCCCGCCCUCAAUGCUAUGGUAUGUGACCGUUUCGAGGAAGCCCUUUGCGAGGCGCGGGCGGUGGAUGACUUGGUGGCCUCCAAGGCGGAGGACGAGGCAACCAUUAAAGAGAAGUACCCUCUUCUUGGCGUCCCCUUAUCGGUGAAGGAAGCAUUCGCCUUACAAGGCAUGCCGCAGAGCUCUGGGCUGAUCUCUAGAAGGUCGUUGCGCUCGACGACGGAUGCGGUUGUCGUUUCGAGGUUAAAGGCAGCUGGAGCCAUUCCUCUUGGCGUCACCAACUGCAGCGAGCUGUGCAUGUGGUACGAGUCCAGUAAUAAAGUCUACGGGAAGACCAGGAACCCGUAUAACCCUCGGCACAUAGUCGGAGGAAGCUCUGGAGGGGAAGGCUGCAUAUUGGGGUCCGCCGGGUCGGUGAUCGGCGUCGGCUCUGAUAUCGGAGGCAGCAUACGAAUGCCGGCGUUCUUUAAUGGAGUCUACGGACACAAGUCUACCCCAGGUAUUGUCCCCAACGAGGGUCAGUUCCCGAACGCCCACGGGUCCCGCAUUGAGCUCCUGUGCACCGGGCCCAUGUGCCGCUAUGCAGUGGACCUCCCGCUCCUCCUGAAGGUGAUGGGUGGGAAAGAUUCGGAAAAGCUCUCUCUUGAUCAGGAAGUAUCUCUGCGCAGUCUGCGCUUCUUCACCAUGGAGAAUGACGGCGGUUGUCUCUUUGUGUCGUCCAUGGAUGAAGAAUUAGUCCAAGCGCAAAGGCGGGUGGUCCAGCAUUUAGAGACUUCACUUGGAGUCAGCGUUCAACCGAUCAACAUAUACAACAUGCGGUAUUCCUUCCAGAUCUGGUCCGCUGUGAUGUCAUCAGGCGGGGGCAAAGAAGAGAGUUUUACAGAUUUAAUGUCCGAUGGGUCGCGGAUGUGGCCGAGUUGGGAGCUCGUGAAAUGGAUGCUUGGUUUAUCCAAGCACACAAUACCAGCAAUAGGUCUGGCCAUCACCGAGAAUUUAGCAAACCUGAAUCCACAAGGAAGUGCAAAAAUGAUUCAAAGAGGCAAAAACCUGAAAGAUGAACUCAAUACAUUGCUGGGGAACGACGGAAUUCUGAUCUAUCCGUCUCAUCCGAAAAUCGCCCCGAGACACCACCAACCUCUGGCUUGGCCGUUCAACUUUGCCUACACUGGCAUAUUCAAUGUAUUGGGCGUCCCGGUCACUCAGUGCCCGCUGGGGCUCAGUCAGGCUGGACUGCCGCUGGGCAUACAAAUCGUCUCCUCCCAGUACAACGACCGCCUCACGUUGGCGGUGGCCCAGCACUUGGAAAAGGCUUUCGGAGGUUGGACGGUGCCCGGAAAUGUUUGACCCG